AAAGACAAUUUUCUCAUUUGAGGUAUAUGAACCAGUCUAUUCAUUUAGUACGGGUACCUGAUUAUAAACAAAGGAACAUCUUCAAGCUGAAUUUUAAUUUAAACGCCUAAAGAUGGCGAGAAUAUCUGUAGGGAUUCUUGUGUGUGCGCUUUUCGUUUUUGCUGCUGCAAGACCACAGCAAGAAAAAAAGGGCAAAAACCGUGUCUUUGAAGGAAAAGUUUCAGACGAAGACCACUUUAAAGAAGAAGAACACAACUCGGAAUAUGAUCAUGAAGCUUUUUUAGGAGAAGAGAAAAAAACCUUUGAUCAAUUAACAACAGAGGAAUCAAAAGAGCGAUUAGGGAUUUAAUCAGGCGAGACAAACGUCGCUGGGAGAAAGCAGAUAUCAACCAUGACGACCAGUUAACUAAAGAGGAAUAUACUGCAUUCUUGCACCCAGAAGAGUAUGAAUACAUGAAAGAUGUGGUCGUAGAAGAGACCAUGGAAGAUAUUGAUAAAGACAAAGAUGGAUACAUCUCAUUAGAAGAAUACCUUGGAGAUUUGUACCCAGACAGUGAAAAGAAAGAAGACACUGAAGAACCAGACUGGGUACGAACAGAACGAAAACAGUUUGAUGAAGUUCGGGACAAAAACAAGGAUGGACGAAUGGAUAAGGAUGAAGUGCGUGAUUGGAUUAUUCCACCUGAUUUCGACCAUGUCAGUGCAGAGGCAACACACUUAAUUAACGAAGCUGAUGAUGAUAAGGAUGGAUUGCUUUCGAAAUCUGAAAUAAUUGACCAUCACGAUGUGUUCGUUGGUAGCCAAGCGACAGACUUUGGUGAGGCACUCACAAAAAAUCAUGAUGAGUUUUAGAUUAGACGACUAUCUAAGAAUUACUAAGAAUUAAUAGAGCUGGGUGUCAACCUAUUGCACCACACUAGCUGCGCAAUACAUCUAACAUAAUAAAGAGGUUUAUAUAGGUUUUCAAUUUUGCUUCAGCAAAUUUUAUAUCGAGAUUUUAAUAUAAAGAAAACAGUUAUAAAACCCAUCAUAUUUUGAGAAUAAAACAUGAAUGGACAACA